UUUUCAAUUGAAUAAAUGUAUUCCAUUUCAAGACCAAUACAUAAUAACUAUAACUUUUGCUGAGGAACAACAUUUUUAUCAUGCUUAGUUUACAAAUAAAAAAAAUAACCAGCGUAAAAGACAUUUGUUUUAAGGAAUAAAUGUAAAGGAAGCUUGCCAUAGACAACGCAGAGCUCUCAGCUUUCUUCACAUUCAAUUAACCUGUGACGCUGACCCGUUUUGGCGCGGUCCUGCGCUCUGAUUUUACGCACAAGCGUUGAUUUGAUCUGUCUGUUACCACGGGCGAACAUGCGCGCGCCGUGCUGUGCGCGAGGUCCACAUGACGUGAAAGAGCAGGAUAUUCCUCCAGGACAAGUUUGAGGGUUACUUCUGCACCUGAAUGCGAGCAGAGAGUGAGAACUCGAAGGGAAAGAUCAGGCAGGUGUUCAGCAGCCCGAACCUCGCGAAGAAUGCAACUUCUCACCUGCGCUUAAGAGGCUGCUGGCCUAUGAAUGGGACUGUGCUGUGGCCAACACUGCUUUCGGUACUCCAGUCAGGACUAUGUGCUGCCCAUGUGCAACUCUGAAUGCACUGGCCAGCUGUUUGCGAGAGCAGGGAGGGUGGGGCGGCCCACCGGGGGCGAGGUGGAAACAGGGCAAUGCCCCCUCCGUUCCGGAUCGCGGUGCUGGGAGCUCAGGGGGUUGGCAAGACGGCCAUUGUGCAGCGCUUUCUUCACGAUGACUACAGUGAGGUGGCGGUGUCCAGUAAGACACGGCAGAUGCAUCUUUCUGCCGCAGUGCUCGAUGGUCAUGUUCAUGACCUUCAGAUCACAGAUUAUCCAGCCAUCAGCAGCUUCCCUGUCAGCUCUCUACAGGAAUGGUCCGAUGUUUGCUGUCGAGGCAUUCGGAGCGCUCAUGUCUACGUUCUGGUUUAUGACAUCUGCUGUUUCGACAGCUUUGAGUAUGUCAAGACCAUGCGGCAGCAGAUCUUAGAGACCAGAGUCAUGGGCUCUGGAGAGACGCCCAUUCUGAUUGUCGGCAACAAGCGUGAUCUGCAGCGAGGUCGCGUCAUCCCUCGACACAGCGUAUCUGACUUAGUCCGAAAGAGCUGGAAGUGUGGAUAUGUGGAGUGCUCUGCCAAGUUCAACUGGCACAUUUUACUGUUGUUCGGAGAGGCUCUCCGCAGCGUGGGUUGUGCCCGCUGCAAGCACGUCCAUGCCACCAUCCGUUUCCAGCGGGCGCUCAGGAGAGAGAGAUGUGUCCUAAUGUGAGGUUCAUGGCUGUGGACACUCUAUUAUUGUGUGGGCCGCUGGAAGAGCUGUGAUAACCCUCAUGCCAAGGAAUUUAACAUUUGGGAUUCUAACUAUGGACUGACAGAUGUGGUCUUAUAACAAGAAGUCCCUGUUGCUUCAUUACUUAAGCCUUCAAACUGAUGUCUCCGCUUUUGGCCUGAAAGAACACAACCAACAUCCCUGCCUCUUAUCUUAGAAAUCCAAACUGCCAAAAGGCUAGAGGAAGACAACUAAAUUCAGCUUUAAUGUUACAUUAAUACACUUGCUUACAUUCAGGCCAGGACAGCACAUAGACAU